CACUGUUAGGCGGCACUGAUUGGCGACACUGGCACUGAUAGGCGGCAAUGAUUGGCAGCACUGAUAGGCGGCACUGACUGGCACUGAUAGGUGACAUUGAAAGGCAGCUCAGAUGGGCACUGAUAUGUGGCAUUGAUGUGCACUGAUGGACUCUGGCAGGUGGCAUUGAUGAGCACUGACAGCUGGCAUUGAUGGACACUGACAAGUGGCACUGCUGGGGCUACACUGAUCAUCAGGGUACACUGAUCAUCACUGUCAACGUGACAGCUCGUGAGGAGAGAAAUGCCGAUAACCGGCAUUUCCUUAUUUACAUGCGAUCAGCUGUGAUUGGA